AUGAGUGUUGUUCCAUAUGCAUAUGAAUGUUAUAAGUCUAGCGUACUUCAAUAUAAAGAAUAUACUCUCAGAAUUACUGAUAAUGCUUUAGUCAUACAUAAAGAAGGUGCUGAUGAAGACAUUACCAUCGGUCCUGGUAUAUUACCUAUCGAGCAACCAGAUGGUACAAUUGUUGAAACAGACUUAAAUCAAUACCUUCAAGCGUUACAGAAUCGUGUGACAAAAGUAGAGAAUAAUUACUUAGAUGCUCCAUUCUUCACAACUGAUAGAGAUUAUAUGUUUUCAUGUAUGGCGAGUAAUGGUUUGCAAGAAACUCGUGAGGUAAAUAUUAAUGAAGCAUUAGAGACUAUAAUAUAUCAUGUUAAACGGUUAUUAUCGAUUGACCAUGGAGUUCAUUUUGACCCAAGGUCUACACUGUUCAAUAUACCAAUGAUUGAAAACAGUCAAUUAACAUUUAAAGAAGAUACAUUGUAUAAUGCUUUAAACGCAGCAUUUGCUUAUAUAUUAGGUCAUGAACAAGUACAAAAUAGUGGUAUUGCAAUAUACUUAGAUAAAGUUAUGUUAAAGAAACCAUUGACAUUCACAGAAGAUGGUCCAAAAGCAACUGGUAUUGUUGGUGAUGGAACAUUAUUGACGAAAGAAUACUUAGCAAGUCAUGUCGGAGAAUUUUUCUCCACUAAUGAUAGCAUCAGUACAACACCAGAAGUUAUUUUAUUGAAGAAACCAAUCACAUUUGAUGUUAAAGGAAAGACAAAAGCAACUGGUAUAGCUGGCGAUGGAGUUCUUCUGACUAAGGAAUACUUGAAGAAAAAUAUCAAUGACUUCGUUGAAAUUGUCAAAGAUAAAGAAUCUGGUCUUAAGUUCAACCCUUUAUCAUUCAUCUUUGCCAUAGCAAACGCCGGUGCUACUGCAGCCUCAUGGAUAUCACUCCAGAGUCAAAUAAAUGCUCUUUGGGCUUUUGUUGAAAGUCAAGAAGGUAUAGAUACUGUUCUUGACACUCUGGGUAAUCUUGGUCCAAAUCAUAAAGGAGGUUUUGUGGAUGGAAUAAAAAAUUUAGUUGAAAAGACUAAAACAAGUUUCCAGAAGAUAACUCAUAUAGAAAGAUUCAGAAAUGAAGGUUAUAUGGAACUUGAGAGUUUUGAUGUGACUGGACCUUUGGAACCAAUUCUAAUGGCACGUGAUGCUAAUGAUAAAGAAGAGAAAGAUCCUGGACCAAAAACAAUCAUUUCUACGUUAAGUACUUUGUACCCUGAUUUUGUGACCUUAGUGAAAGUUGCUAAUACAUCAAGAAAGAACAAUAAUAUUACUAUGUCUGGUACUGAUGACCUUACUGAUUAUCUUUAUCUCAUUCUUGCUGAAUUAGCGAAGAAAGUUGAGGAGAACAAAAAUAAUGGAGGAAGAACUGCACUUAAGAUUGCAGACAAAGCUGACAAAAGUUAUGUUGACGAAGAGAUACGUAAAGUUGCAUCUAAAGAAUAUACUUUAUCACAGUCUGUCAUACUUAAGACAAUCAAAGGUCCAGAGAAAGAUAUGUACCCAGGUGAUGGUACAACAGUUAAAGUUAAUGAAAGAGUUUCAUUCCCAUCUGGUAUUGAUGCAAAAGAAGUAUAUAUUAAUGGUGAAAACAUCAAUACAACAUUGAUUCCUUUGAAAAAUAAUGAGUUCACUGAACCUUUGACAGUUAAAUCAAUUCGUUCAAGAGAAGACAAACCUGUUAUAAUCAAUAAAAUAGGAGCUGAUAAUGACCAACCAGUUCAAAUCAAGAAAAUAAGAGCUGAUGACAUUAUCUUGAACUAUACUUUAGGCUCAAGUGCUCCACAAGAAGAUCCUCAUAUGAGUUUAACAGAGACCUUGCAAAAUUUGAAUGGUACUGCAUAUAAUAUGUCUAUGAGUUAUAACAACUUUAAAGCACAUGAGUUACCAGUUCUGUUAGACAACAAAGCAGACAAAACUUAUGUUAAUGAACAGAUCUCAAAGAUCUCUAAUGCAUCUGUAAACAAUGGAAUACCUGAAAGCAUUACAGUUAGCUUUGGUAAUAAUGAUAUGGGUAAAGUUGCAAUAUUUAUAAAUUAUAACAUUGGUCCAUCAGAAAAAGGUCCAAGUUACUAUACAUUGAGUCAUGGUAAAUCUAUUGAACUUGUGUUCCACAAAAAAGAUGGAACAAACUUAACUAUUCAUCCUGGAGAUACGUUUGAGUUUUAUUUGAACGAUGUCACCACAGUAGAUUAUACUUAUAGACCUUCUAACAUGUUUGACAUGAUGUAUCCAAUUGGUUCUAUAUUUACAUCAAUGAGCUCAACAAGCCCGCAAACCCUUUAUGGAGGUGUUUGGCAACCGAUUGUUGAUCAGUUUCUUUACUGUUCUAACUCAUCAAUGGACUUUGGUGGUUCAAAGACUAUCAGAGUUGAAAACCUUCCACCACACUCCCAUAGGUUCAGUGCAACAACAUCUACUAAUGGAGAGCAUUCACAUUCAAUGACAAAAAGAGGUUAUACAAAUCUUGCAGCAGGUUCUGAUAGACAAGGUAUGAAUAGAUAUGAUAUCACAGAUGACCCUAGAGAUGUUAGUACAGGUAUUUUCUGCGGAUCUGCAGGAAACCAUACUCACACAGUAGCUGGAAUCACAGAUGCAACAGGAAAAGGUCAAGACUUCUUACCACCAUUUAUGACUGUAUUCGCUUGGUUCAGAGCUGCUUAA